AUGGCAAUUGUGACCGCUUUAAGCAGUUCGUUCAGCUUUGGAUUUCAACUUCUCAUCACAAAUCCAGCUCAAGAUGCUUUCAUUCACGUGAGCAGUGUGUCUUUUCGCUAUUUCCAAAAAUUAUCUAGAAAUUAGAAACAAAAGCCAAGCCUGGAUCCCGCCAUAGCUGGGUGAUCAGGCUUGUUUUGCAACGUUUUGUUAUGAUUUUAUUCGCAAGGAAGUUUUGCAGUUUUUGAAUGCAUCCAAGUCGUUCCAUGGAACUCCUGAUUUUGAGACAGCAGCUUUGGAAAAUGAGUGGUCCAUAAUAGUGGCAGUACUAUUUCUAGGAUCGGCAAGUGGUGCUUUUCUAAUAAGAACGAAAGCUGAAAAGUAUCUAUGAUAAAUCAAAUUAAUCUUUCAAGUUUAUCGUUUCAGAUUUGGAAGAAAGUUAGGAAUCAUGAUUGCCAUUUCUAUACAAAUUUUUUCAUCUAUUCUAUCUAUACUCAGCUUUUGGGUAGUUAUAGGAAUAGCGCAAAUUAUGCGCAGCUGCAAUCAAUGCUUUUUUGUUCUAAAUAUUUACUUUUAGAUGGUGUGCCACACUCUCUUUACAUUCGCCCGAUUCUUAAUGGGCGUUGGUAUAACGACUUCGAUGGGAUUGUCAGCAAUGUUUGUCACUGAAUCCAGGUAAACUUCGAACGCCGAUCGGUAAUCAAUCACUUCCGAAUUAUGGGGCUAUUCAGCGUAUGUUUUUUUUCCGUUUUUUUUCGUUUUUUACAUGUCUGAAUUGGAUUUUCUAACGUAAAAAACAGAAAAAAAAUAUUAAUAACCCCAUUAAGGAUUUUUCUUAGUCAAGGAUUUUUCUUACUCUGACUUUCUAGAAACUUUUUUUUUAAUUUGGUGAAAAUCUGAAGAAAUUAUUUCAACUUUCUUUGAUUUCACUCAGGCAAAUCGUUUGUAAUACCUUAAACUCAAUUCAUCGCUAUUGCCCCUCGGUAGGCUGGUCGAAAAGGCGCCUGCUAUUCAGGCGCCUGUUUUUUCAGGCGCCUGUUUUUCAGGCGCAGGCGCCUGAAAUCGCCUGUUCGACCAGCCUAGCCCUCGGUGUUUGCAGACUUAAGCCACAAUUUCAGGAAAUUUUGGCUUGAGUCUGCAAACACCGAGCGGGCAAGAGUGGUAAACUGAGUACAGUUCAGUUGAAACUAUGUUUGACAGAAUGAGCGCAUCAGAGAAGUUAUUGAGUACGAAAUUCACAAAUUAACUGGGAGUCAUUCAGUGUAGAAGUGUACUUGAUAAUUAAUUUUCAGUCCGAACUACUGCAGAGGAAAAGUGUCGAUGAUUAAUGGUGUUUUUCUCCAGUUUUCCCUAUCUCUAGGUGCUCUGGUUGCUAUGCCCAUUUUCUUAGGAAACGAGGAGAAAUGGUGGUAUCUCUACCUAAUCCAGCUUGUCAUCAAUGCAUUUGCGAUAUGUUUUCUUUCAUUCUUCCCUGACAGUCCUGGAUAUCUUGCCUCACAAAAUGAGUUGACAAAGACUGUUGAUUCAAUCAAAUAUUAUCAUGGGAUUCCGGCGAGUAGAGCUUCAAUUCUAGCUGAACACCUUAUAGAGUCGAGCCAGAAAUCUCAUAGAAAUACUUCUAUUUUUUCUAUUUGGAAACAUCCUAUCAGUCGCCGUGGCACACUCAUUGGAAUUGUCUUGAAUUUCUCAAUGGCAAUGUCUGGAAUAACUGUCAUCAACGCAUUCACUUCUAAGAUUCUUAUGGAUGUUGGACUUAUUAAAGACGCUGCAGCUGUUGCGAAUGUAAUUGUGUGCAUAUUUUCGUUGGCUGGAAUUAUUUUCUCCACAAAAAUAAUAGAUAACGUUGGAAGAAGACCGCUUCUUAUAUGUACAUUAGCGGGUCUAGCAGUUGUGAACAGUGUCAUAGUUACUAUCAUGUAUGCUCAUUCUUAUACACAGGUAUUAAUAGAGUUAUUUUUGUGAGAUUCUUUCAUUCAGAAUGUUGUAAUUUCUUACUUUCUCAUCCCUUUCAUAUGUCUAUUUAAUUUUCUCUUUGCUAUGGGACCAGGACCACUUUCAAUGUUUUUAUCCGGAGAACUUGUACCUCAAACCUGUCGAUCGGCAUCCUCAGUAUGGACAAAUGCAUCCAUGUCCGCAGUGUUAGCUGAUGUCAUGCAAUAUUAAUUGUUUCAUUAAUACUAAUUCCAGACGCUUUCUCAUACUCAUAUCUUAUAUACCAUUAAAAAACGAAACAGCUGAGCAUACUGCUUACGCUGUCUUUUUCAUCAUACCUCUAGUAAGCUACAAAUGAAACCCAGUCUCUCGAAGGUUUAUCACGGCGAAAAUUUUUGAACAUAGUGUGAAUUUCCCGCCCGUAUUUUGUCGCUGCGUUGCGACUAAAUUGUGCUGAAGGGUUAUGGUUUGCGAUACGGAGCGAUAACAACGGGCCCGAGCAUGUUCACAAAUGUUAUUAUAGGGGCACCGCACAGAAAUGGCGCUCUGUUGAGAAACUCUUUUGCAGUGCAAAUUGAGCGACCUCGGGGCCGAGUUUGAAAAGUUAGGCCACAUUUUCAGUGAAAAAUUACUUCGCGGCCUAGAAGUUCGGCCAGAUUGCGAACAGCGCGCCCUUUCUGUCCGGUGCCCCUAUAAUAGCCGUGUUCACUCUGGCAUUUCGUUAUUAAUCUAACGCCGACCUAAUAAGAUUGAUAUGACACCUAAUUAGAUUAAUAAAUUGUCUAUCUAGAUUAAUAAAUCUUCUAAUUCUAAUUAGAUUAAUAAGCAGAGUUGCCACGGGCCGGGCCGGGCCAAAAUUUUCAAAACUCCGGCCCGGCCCGGUCGGCCCGGUUCAAAAAGCGGGAAUCCAAAUUUUGAACUAUUGAUUAUUAUAGGGGCACCGCACAGAAAUGGCGCUCUGUUGAGAAACUCUUUUUGCAGUGCAAAUUGAGCGACCUCGGGGCCGAGUUUGAAAAGUUAGGCCACAUUUUCAGUGGAAAAUUACUUCGCGGCCUAGAAAUUCGGCCAGAUUGCGAACAGCGCGCCCUUUCUGUCCGGUGCCCCAAUAGUAAAUAAAAUUUUUGUUUUUCGUAGAACUAACGAAUUUUGCAAGUAUCGAGCAUAAAAAAGAAAUGUAGUUCUCAAAAAUAGUUUUUAUUGGCAUCAAAGCAAAAGUUUUAAUUUUGAUCCCCGCAAAAAAAACGAAAAAAUAGAUUUCCCCCAAAAAUUUGAAUUCGCGCCUUUUUAGCCGGGCCGACCGGGCCGGGCCAGCAAAUUCUCGGCCCGGCCCGUAAUCUGGCAAGUCUGUUAAUAAGCGCUCAAAUCAAGUUUCACGCCAACGGUCUGCUGGCUCAAAUCUCGAUUGCGCCAAAAAAAAAACAGUCGAAUCUAUUAUAGGGGCACCGCACAGAAAUGGCGCUCUGUUGAGAAACUCUUUUUGCAGUGCAAAUUGAGCGACCUCGGGGCCGAGUUAGAAAAGUUAGGCCACAUUUUCAGUGGAAAAUUACUUCGCGGCCUAGAAAUUCGGCCAGAUUGCGAACAGCGCGCCCUUUCUGUCCGGUGCCCCAAUAGUAGUUAGGUCGCGUUUAGAUCAGUAACUUUCUAAUUAGAUUAAUAUCGAAUUGCCAGAGCAUCUAAAAAAAAAAAAACUUGAGCAGUCUCAAAAUGUCUUAUAAAAUACAUUUCAGAUUGUGGCCGUUGCCAUACUUUACACUGAAAUGCCCGAAACAAAAGGGAAACACAUUGAAAAUACAUUGCAAAAUUCCGAGCAGAACAUAUUUAUUACCUGGUAA